UAUUUGAAAGUGAGUGACCCAUUUCAUCAAUAGUCCAUCAGUAGACGAUCAGAAAUAUUCAAAGUGAGAAGCAUUAUUUUCUUCUGAUACGAUAUCAACAUGAAGUCACUUGUUGUGUUAAUAUUCAUUUUUUAUUUAAUAAGCUAUGCUGAUUUAAAGACUAUUGCAAUGAAAAAUAGCGAUACAGGUUGUAUCGCACGGUAUUUAUUAAACAACAACGUAAUAAGUGCAUCUGAUGUAAAGAAUUUCGUAAUUGAUGACUCAGCUGAAAACUGUGUAGAGAAAAUUAACCUGGCAAAUAAAGAGUUUUUCCGACAGUUAAGCAAAAAGAGUACGGGUGACAAAAAAAUGGAUUCGUGUAUUAUAAGAACACUUGAGCGUAAUAAUGUGACAAAUUUAAUCUUCAAAGAAAUUCUUAUGUAUCACGUUAAAAGUGGGAAGGAAUUUCAGGUGCUUAAAGAUCUUAAAACAAUAAAGAAGAGAUUUUUUGAAACAGCAGAACUUGUUUGUAAACAUCAAGAUAUCUUCGCACCAAAUAUAAAUGAAAAAUUUGAUAACCUUGCGAUGAACAAUGUUGACAUAAAUGAUAUUUAUGAGUUUAACGAAAUUAAGUACUGUGUACAGAAAUUUAUUGUUAACAAUGAGGUAGUGAAAAUUGAUCAGAAUAGAGUUGAUAUAGAGCCAAAGAACAUUGACCAAGAGGAUUUAGACGAAUUGGAUUGUAAAGAAGUAGUCGAUGACCUUUACAAUACAAUGGACAAAGAUAUUGAAGAAAUUCUCGAAACAUCAUCAUCAUCACAGUAUGUGAAAACGUCAUGUCUCGUGAAGAAAGCAUUAGACUUUAACUUCUUAGAGAAAAUGUUCUCAUACGUGUUUCUAAUUCAUUCGAACUUGUCAAAGGAAAAUAAAAGUUUAGUGCGUAAGAGAGCGGAUGAAACCGAGCCAAGUGUAGAACGCUAUAUGAUGGAAUGUAUUCAUCUCUAUUGAGGAUAAUAUUAAUGAACGGGAUAAUAUAUUUAUAUCUCAUAGACGAACUAGUUUUGUAUAAUACUUUGAUUAAUCAUUCGUUAUCAAGUGCUUCUGCAUAAAUCUUUCAUAUUUACAUUCACAGAUAAUUUAAGCAUGUCUUCUCCUUCUUUUUUUUUCUGACAAAAUUAGAAUUAAAUUCUUCUUAUUGUUUGAACUUCUUGAUCGUUGCUACACGCCAACAAAACAAAUUAAUUUUUUACGCAUAAUUAAAUUGAUGAUAGUAAAGUUUUUUUAAAAACAUUCUGUAUAUUUUUUAUCUGAAUAAGUUAUUACAUUACAUGCCUUUUUUUUGUACUGAUAAAAUCUUUAUGAAAAUUUUCAUGGAAAAUAAAGUUGUGUGUAAAAAAGAAGUGUUCUCAUUAUUAUUAUUACUGUUAUUGUUAUUUAUAUGAUAUGAU